AUGCAGCCCCAUGCAGCCCCAUGCAGCCCCAUGCAGCCCCAUACAGCCCCAUACAGCCCCAUACAGCCCCAUGCAGCCCCAUGCAGCCCCAUACAGCCCCAUGCAGCCCCAUACAGCCCCAUGCAGCCCCAUACAAGCCCAUACAGCCCCAUGCAGCCCCAUACAGCCCCAUGCAGCCCCAUACAGCCCCAUGCAGCCCCAUACAAGCCCUUACAGCCCCAUACAGCCCCAUGCAGCCCCAUACAGCCCCAUACAGCCCCAUGCAGCCCCAUGCAGCCCCAUACAGCCCCAUACAGCCCCAUGCAACCCCAUGCAGCCCCAUGCAGCCCCAUGCAGCCCCAUACAGCCCCAUGCAGCCCCAUACAACCCCAUGCAGCCCCAUGCAGCCCCAUACAGUCCCAUGCAGCCCCAUACAACCCCAUGCAGCCCCAUGCAGCCCCAUGCAGCCCCAUGCAGCCCCAUGCAGCCCCAUACAGCCCCAUACAGCCCCAUACAGCCCCAUGCAGCCCCAUGCAGCCCCAUACAGCCCCAUGCAACCCCAUACAACCCCAUGCAGCCCCAUACAGCCCCAUGCAGCCCCAUACAGCCCCAUGCAGCCCCAUGCAGCCCCAUACAAGCCCUUACAGCCCCAUGCAGCCCCAUGCAGCCCCAUGCAGCCCCAUGCAGCCCCAUACAACCCCAUGCAGCCCCUUACAGCCCCAUGCAGCCCCAUGCAGCCCCAUGCAGCCCCAUACAAGCCCUUACAGCCCCAUGCAGCCCCAUGCAGCCCCUUACAGCCCCAUGCAGCCCCAUGCAGCCCCAUGCAGCCCCAUGCAGCCCCAUACAAGCCCCUUACAGCCCCAUGCAGCCCCAUGCAGCCCCAUGCAGCCCCAUGCAGCCCCAUGCAGCCCCAUGCAGCCCUUACAGCCCCAUGCAGCCCCAUACAGCCCCAUGCAGCCCUUACAGCCCCAUGCAGCCCCAUGCAGCCCCAUGCAGCCCCAUGCAGCCCCAUGCAGCCCCAUACAACCCCAUGCAGCCCCAUACAGCCCCAUGCAGCCCCAUGCAGCCCCAUGCAGCCCCAUGCAGCCCCAUACAAGCCCUUACAGCCCCAUGCAGCCCCAUGCAGCCCCAUACAACCCCAUGCAGCCCCAUGCAGCCCCAUGCAGCCCCAUACAAGCCCUUACAGCCCCAUGCAGCCCCAUGCAGCCCCAUGCAGCCCCAUACAGCCCCAUGCAGCCCCAUGCAGCCGCAUACAAGCCCUUACAGCAACAUGCAGCCCCAUACAGCCCCAUACAGCCCCAUACAGCCCCAUGCAUCCCCAUGCAGCCCCAUGCAGCCUCAUGCAUCCCCAUACAGCCCGAGCCCCAGUAG